UCGACUGCGGUAGUCAUUGCUGCUAGUUUUUGGACGUAAAAAUCGUUAUUUAUUUAGUAUUUAACUAUCUACAAAAUGUCAGCUGGUGUUCAUUUUAAAACAUGAGUUCCGAUCCACGUGCCAAGACAUUGUUGGCAGCUCUGAGUGAAGUUGAUAAUAACCCAGCAUCAUUGGGUUUCUUGCAGACAACUUUCACUGUUUUCAAUCAACAGUCUCCUUCACCGGCAGUAAGCAACCCUUCAACAAGAGCUUCAUCAUCAACAGAGGAAGAUGUUGAAGUGAUCAGCUCGGAUACAUCAAGUUCUUCUAGCUCUUCUGCACCAAAGUUUCAGCUAAUCUUGUCGCCUCAACAUCGUGACCCACAGACGUAUGACAGGACAAUUGCGAAAGCAAUUCCAAAGAAAGCUUCCUCACCAGGCAAGGAGAGUGCUGCAACUGCCAAUGAGAAGACUUGGAAUGGUACACAGGUACAGAAACAUGAAGUCAAGCAUGAUGUACUGAGUACAGGAGCUGACAGCAACACCCCAACUGGAAAAUUUGAGAAGGCUGGCUGGUGCCGAACUGCAAUGAAUACCUCCCCGCCCAAGGGUGGGGGUCGUGGAAGAGGUCAAGGCAGGGGGAGAGGGCAAGGGAGAGGAAGAGGGAGGGGCAGAGGGGAUCAUGGUAACCAAGGCAACCAAACCAAAGGAAGGGGGCGAGCUCUCCGAGGCAACGCAACAGGCUUGAAUAUGGCAGGGAGACAGCAGCAGACAACUCCUGUUUUAACACAGCAAGUUACUCAAGUAGCAGCGAGGAACUGGCGCUAUGCUAACAGCAAUUCAAGCUCCAAACCGCCUGUCCAAGAGCACGCCGUGUCAGUGUUAACCAUACCACACACCGCAGCUGCAACAAUCAGUGCCACCGGCAACUUUGCGAACAACCAAUCCCAGAAUGCCAGCAGUGUUGCCAGCAACUGUUCCACCACCAUUCAAGGUGGCAAUAACUCUGUUGUCUCAUCCACCCAGUCGGUGGCAACGCUAUCCACACAACCCGAAGAUACUCCACAGAAGAUGGAGGUUGGAGUAACUGAAAGUGGAGAAGAAGAAAAUGUUACCGCUGCACCUGCUGCAAAGUCAGAGAGUAAGGAGUCUUCCGAAUCUUGUGAGAUCAUAGACCAAGCUAGCUCUCCUAAAGAAGAACCAAUGGAAGCAUUGUGCUCAAACUGUGGGAUAUGGUCUAUGGAUGAUCGAUACUGUUUAUCCUGUCAAUGUGAUUUUACACAACGUAAGCCAAAGAAAACUCGCCCAAGGACUAUAGAGUUUAUCCCAGCCCCACGACAAACCUUCCGUAAAGGGACGUCAAAGAAAAUUGGAAAUUCGGUGAUGUUAUCACCAAUAGACUCUUCAUCAAAACCUAGGUACGGCACAGGAACAACCUCACAUGGAACCAGCAUACUGUCUACGUCCAGUUCUUCCAUGGCGAAGGUAUCGCAUGGGACUGGAGUAUCAAAUUCAAAAUCUGCCUCUGGGACAAGUUCACAUAGCUUAUCUUUGAAGUCUACAACAGCGGUAAGUUCACAAGGGUCUGGCACAUCAUCAAAUCCUGGUUCUGCUCUAGUGACGAGUUCACAAGAGUCAAGCAAAUCAUCUUGCCCUGGUUCUGCACCUGCUGAGAACUCACAUGGGACAGGCCAAAUAAACACAAGUACAGGGACCACGGGGGGUGAAAGUUCCAAAUCAAAUUUAGUGAGAAUCAACACCUUCUCAUCAGCGUUUUCUGGAUUUUGUGUGAAGCCUCAUCCAACCACUAAGCAGAGAUACAUUAUUGUUAAAAAUCCAGAGGAGGAGACCAAACCUGUCUCGGUUUCAACCAGCACGCCAUCCAUCAGUGCAAAGGCAUUCUACGUGAACAAACUAGCGGCGGUCAGCCCUGCGCCGCCCGUCAGCACGGGAGGCAUUGCUACGUCAUCUGCCGUGCCGGCUGAUGCAAAGGCAAGUGGCGCCCAGAAUAAUAGGAAGAGGAGCCUGAAGUCAAAUGGAGGAAGAAGAACACCUGCAAAACGAGCUCCUCCAAAGCGAAAGGAACCAGAAAUUGUCCUAAUAUCGGAUAGCGAAGACGAGGAAGAAGAAAGUGCCAAACAAAAGCCUUCUGCUGCAGCUGCUUCUGAAGAUGUAGCCACAGAAUCAGAUGAGGAGUUGGCCCGGUCUUUCAUGACGGUGAAAGCCAAGAUGAGGGACAAGAGAGGAGAUUUAGUGGGAAGACCGGACACUCAAGGUGGCAAAGACUCUUCUGAUGGUCAUCACUCUCUCCAGGGCAAUCCUAACUCUCUAAAUGUAGCCUUCAAUGUCUCAAUCCUCCGUUUUGGUUCUUGGCCUAUGCACGUGGUAGGGACCAUGCUGAGACUUCCUGCUGUGUCAAUGACUCCUGAUGGCUUUCAAUUUCAUUUCCAACAAUCAACCCACAAAUGUGGUAAGAUUGAGCUGCUAGUAAAGGACAUCGAGAAAUGUGAUCAUUACCUUAGCGACGAUGGCUUUUCAACGUUUUUCAUCAUGACGACGCCUCACUUUGCUCAAGUUGUACGAUCCCGUCUCGCCAUGUAUCGCAAGGUAGUGCACUUUGAUCCAGGCAGUAAAGAGGAGUAUGAGAAGAUGGUUGUGAUUCGUUCUGCCCAGGAGCUUCAUGCCCAUUCCUAUAGGGAGAAGGUCCAAAAGGUGCUCGCCGCUAUGGCUGAAAAGAGUGAUAACUCUGGUAUGAGUUUGAAAUUUGAGCCGAUAGACAAGGCGAGGACCACUUCCCUCCUUGAAUCCUCAACGAGGCCUGAGAUGAAGGGCACGGUCUUCAUUACAAGGCCAAACAAUGGGUCCCAUGCAGCUACCCUCAAUUCAGCUGACCGUCCAGUUUCCAUUACCAUGCCGCAACUCACCAGGCUAGGGAGUGGUCAGGGUGCAGUGGUCAAGACUAAAGCCAGCUCUGAAGACCAGGUUGAUAAUAAAUUAUUUGUGUAUCCACCACCACCCAAGUUUGGUGGAAUCACUGUGACAACAGAAGACAGAGACUGCCUUGAAGAAGGGGAAUUCCUGAAUGAUGUCAUUAUUGAUUUCUAUCUAAAGUACAUUGUGAUGGAGAAACUGAGUGAUGUCGACCGGGAGAGGACCCAUCUAUUCAGCUGCUUCUUCUACAAGCGAUUGCUGCAACAGGACACACGAGGUAACAUCUCACCGGACCUCAACGGACUCACCCCGAAGGAGAAACGACAUCAGAAGGUCAGGAAGUGGACUCGUCACGUCGAUAUCUUUGCCAAAGACUUCAUCAUAAUUCCCAUCAAUGACUGUGCACAUUGGUUUGUUGCAAUCAUCUGUUUUGCUGGGGAUGUAAUCAACAUGAAGAAAGGAAACAGUAAAUCUCCAUCCCAAUCCCCCAGUCCAUCAUCUUCAAAUCAACCAUCACCGGCAUCAGCAGCAUCGCCUGCCACACCCUCCCCCGCCACUCCAUCACGAGCCACGCCCUCACCAUCAGAACAGCCAACCAAUCAUAACGUAGCUCUUAACCAAGCAGCCAAUCACGGGAACCCAGGUGUUCAAGCACCAGCAUCUCAAAGUUCUCAAAGCUCAAAGUCACCUUCAGGACAGACCACAAAGACAGUGCAUGAUACUAGCCAAUCGGCCAAUCGGAUGGCAGAGGCUGCGCAUGUCGGCCAGCAACCAGCCACUCAGGGAAGCAAUAGCACAAAUGAGGAGGAGCCAAUGGACACUUCAGAGAGUCCGGAUGAAAGGAUGGACGAUCAUGAAAGUGAAAGAACUACACGAGAGCUGAAAGAAAAUACGAAUGACCCUUCAGACAAUCCACUUAACAAGUCCUUAGGGAACAGUACAGAAGCACUUAAAGCUUCAAACAGUACAACAGCUUCAGAAAAGGUUACGUCAGACAGUGCAAUAUCAUCCAGCAAACCUGAUCCAAAGACCCAACCGACCCAGUCGCCAGCUGUCAACGGAGGGGCAGCUGCGGCCAAAGGACAUCUCCUGGACUUUGAUUAUCAGCAAUACCACGUUGGAAAACAAAAGAACUUCAGGCAGCCAUGUAUCCUUGUCUUUGAUUCGUUGGCUGGGCCACCAAGGAGAAAUGUCAUUGCUAAACUGAGAGACUAUUUGACGAUAGAAUGGGAGAAAAAGAAAGGAGGAAAAUGUGAGUUUACUACUGCCAACAUGAAGGGCAUGAAUCCAAAGAUACCUCAACAGAAUAACUUCAGUGACUGUGGAUUGUAUGUCUGCCAGUAUGUUGAAACUUUCUUUGAGAAGCCAAUCAGGAACUACCACUCACCAAUGAGAGGUCUUCAGAACUGGUUCCCUGAGGAGGUGGUCGCUAGGAAACGUCAAGAGAUCUGUAAUGCCAUCAAGGCACUCCACGAGUCUUACAAAGCAAGGAGGUGACAAGAAUCCAACCAUUCCUUGCCUCUCCAGCAUCCAAGGAAAGUCAUCCAUCCAUGUUCAUUAAAAAAUUAGAGAAAGUAUUGCAUUUUUGUGACAAAUGUGUUAAUGACUGUUGUGCACAACCAGAGGGUAAUUUAUUAUAUUUCUCAGCUCUGACAAUUUCAGUGAAAUCCUUGAUUUUGAUUGGCUGAGAAGCCGAGGAGAGCAUUUGGUGAAAGGAUUUGUUGGAACUUUUAUCCUACAAGUCCUGUUUCAUCCGACAGUUGCUCAAGUAGUAACGGUGCCCCCCCCCCCAGCCAAUCAGAAUCAAGGAAAGUUGUUGGAUCCGGCAAUUUGUCAGAUGACAGAUGUUGAUGAAACACUCUUUUUGUCUCUGACUGAUCCUACGGUGACUUUCAGAGAAAUGACAACCUGUCACAAGCUUUAUUGAACAGUACCCUGGUUGUCAUCUUCCAAAGGAAUUUAGUUUGAUCCUAUCAGUCGCAACUAUGGAAAGCCACCAACACCAUUCCCUAGCAGUCAUGUAUUUAUUUACCCUGUUGACCACUGAAUUCAUUCCGUCAUUCCUAUAGGCUUUGCACUGGUACAAACUACUUCUGGGGCCCGUUUAAUAAAGAGUUGCAACUUUGCCGUUAUGGCAAUUACCAUGGCAACGGGGCUCAGCAGCCGAUCAAAAUCAAGGUUACCAUGGUAGUUGCCAUAAUGACAAAGUUGCAACUGUUGUAACUCUUUAUGAAACAGGCCCCAGGUGAAUGACUGGUGAACCUUUCUUACAUGCCAAAUAAUCACCAGUGUACAUUUAAUGGUGAAUACUAUUUACCACAGGGAAGGGUCACCAGUCGCCCUUAAAAACACUCUUUAAUGAAAUGGUCCCCUAAGAGGCAAUAGCUUGAAAUGUUUUCCAAAUCAGUCAAACAACCAUUUAUUUAGACCAAUCAGCACCUUUUUAUGUAUGAAGGACCAGUGUGAGCACAUUGUUCUAGAUAAAGAAUCAUGACACUUUUGGCUUUUCAUACUUCAGAUUGAUUGGGUCAGUCCCAACUUGUUGUAAUACAGGGCUUAGUUAUGCCAUAUAGGAACAAAACAAUACACAUUUAUAGAAUGCAGCUUUCAGUUUUCACUAUGCCUCGAAUUUCAAAAAGUCAAUUUCCAUUUACAAUUGUUACUAUUAUUAUGUGGAUAAUACUCUUUGAGGGCUAUCCCUAUUUCUUUUUAUAUUCAGUUUGUUUCCAUGAAACCCUUCAUAACUAUUGCGUAUUAAGGAAGUUGUCCGUGCUAAUCCUGAAAAUCAUACUUCCAGUUAGGAAUUUGAAAGGUCUACACAGGAAGUUUGUGAUAUGAGUCUAUGUCACUCUAAAUGCAAUUUUUGUUAUUGAUCACAAUUCAUCUCGUCUUAAUUCAAAAUCCUGAAAAGAAAUGGAAACGCUUGUUAAUAAAUGUGAUGUUUAGUUAAUUAGAUCUUAUGAUAUAUGAAAUUGAUAAGCUGUGUUGUGAGUAAGAAUAAUAUAGCCCCUUUCUCAUGUAACCUAGAAUCAUCUUCACCUCCCAUUCCCUCAUAGUUAAACCAAUUAUAUAUAGUAUUUCAUAGAUAAGUAUCAAGCUAAAUAUGAGAUGAGAAACAAUAAUAUAAAAAUAAGAGGUCAUAUAUUUGAGAAUUAAUGAAAUGCAAUUCAUUUUAGUUAACUUGGUAUGACUUGAUUACUCAUUCUACUCAGUAAAAAAAUAUUGUAUUAAAUUGAGUUCAGUUUCUGUCAUUAUUAUGAUUGAGUGGCAAAUUGAUAUGAAAUUUAUUGUUAAGAAUUGAAAUUUGAAUCAUUGAUUUAUGAGUUUAAGGGCGAAACUUCACCUGAUGAAUAAAGUAUUGAUACUUUCAUCGAAUUCCCUAUUUUGUGGCUAUGCUGAUAUUGAAAAAAAGAAAUCUGAGACCCAGACCCAUGUUCUACUUCAUUUUGGUCAGCUUUGUAUUCCAGUGAGAUACAAGUAAAGUGUUCAAAUUUUCCCAUAUGUAAUCAUCUUUGGACAAUCAUUACAUUUUUUUUGAAAUCUUCAAAUUGGCAAUGAAUUGCACAGUUCAAAAUCAUCAAAUUGAGACAUUAAUUUAUCUUUUUACAAUAUGAUAUUCUUCUUUUCACUUAGAAUAAUACUCAGUAUUUAAUUUCAUUAACUAUGACUAGCUUUGUUUAUGUAUUUAUUUCAAUUGAGAAAACUUGGCGAGUAGUCUGGUGCAGUUAUUGAACUGCCUCACAAAUGAACCAUCUAAAUAUUGUAACAAUGUAGAGUAAUAAUAAAUGAAUUGAAUAAAUCCACUCAUGGAGAAAUAGUUGUCGAAAUCCAUGCUCAGUACAGUCAGUAUGCAUAUAUUAUUUACAGGGUUUCUUCGUGUAGGCUACGGGUACUGUAUUCCAUUGAUAGAGCUGUAAGUAAGUGUCACAAGGUCAUUGGAAGGUCAAAGGAGCCAAAUGUUGUGGAGGCUGGG